CUGUGUCUGUGUCUCUGUGUCUCUGUGUCUCUGUGUCUCUGUGUCUCUGUGUGUCUCUGUGUGUGUCUGUGUGUCUGUGUGUCUGUGUGUCUCUGUGUCUCUGUGUCUCUGUGUCUCUGUGUCUCUCUGUGUCUCUGUGUCUCUGUGUCUCUGUGUCUCUGUGUCUGUGUCUCUGUGUCUGUGUCUCUGUGUCUCUGUGUCUCUGUGUCUUUGUGUCUCUGUGUCUCUGUGUCUCUGUAUCUCUGUGUCUCUGUGUCUUUGUGUCUCUGUGUCUCUGUGUCUUUGUGUCUCUGUGUCUCUGUAUCUCUGUGUCUCUGUGUCUCUGUGUCUCUGUGUGUCUGUGUGUGUGUGUCUCUGUGUCUCUGUGUCUCUGUGUCUCUGUGUGUGUCUGUGUGUGUCUGUGUGUCUCUGUAUCUCUGUGUCUCUGUGUCUCUGUGUCUCUGUGUCUCUGUGUGUGUCUGUGUCCCUGUGUCUCUGUAUCUCUGUGUCUCUGUGUCUCUGUGUCUCUGUGUCUCUGUGUGUAGCUGAUGAUUAUAGAUGGACAGCAGUUGAGGAGAGAUCCAGCUGCAGUGAUGGAGGAGGUCCAGAAGGUCCUGGGAGUUACUCCUCACUACAACUACACACAGACUCUACGGUUUGACCAGCAGACGGGUUUGUGGUGUCAGCUUUUAGAAGGGGGGAAGACUAAGUGUUUGUGGAGUAAAGGACAGGAAUACCCUCCUAUGGAACAAGAGGCACGGUCCUACCUGUCCAGGUACUAUAGGGAACCCAACAUAGACCUGUCCAAGCUGCUCCACAGACUGGGUCAGCCUCUCCCCUCCUGGCUGAGAGAGGAACUACAGAAGGUCAGAUAACAGGGUUAGAGGUCAGAGUUCAGGGGACACCGGCUGGGUCAGCCUCUCCCCUCCUGGCUGAGAGAAGAACUACAGAAGGUCAGAUAACAGGAUUAGAGGUCAGAGUUCAGGGGACACCGGCUGGGUCAGCCUCUCCCCUCCUGGCUGAGAGAGGAACUACAGAAGGUCAGAUAACAGGGUUAGAGGUCAGAGUUCAGGGGACACCGGCUGGGUCAGCCUCUCCCCUCCCGGCUGAGAGAGGAACUACAGAAGGUCAGUUAACCUCUAACCCUACCAGCAGCCCAGGUUCAUAGGUCAGGUGUUAAGGGUCGGGGACCAUUAAGAGGAAGAGGGCGUGACCUUUCUGUGACCUCCCAACCUCGUGGUGAACCUGAGGAUGGAAGAGAGAUCAUGAACUAUGAACCAUGAACUAUGUCCUGGCUUGGCCUCACAGAGGAGAAGAGACACUGAUGUAUGGAUGGAUACCUGGAUAUCUUGAUCUCUGAACUCGGAGAGAUAACUGGACAGAUUAAUGGACGGUCUCUGAAUUUAGAGAGAUAACUGGACAGAUUAAUGGACGGUCUCUGAACUCAGAGAGAUACCUGGACAGAUUAAUGGAUGGUCUCUGAACUCAGAGAGAUAACUGGUUAAUGGAUGGUCUCUGAACUCAGAGAGAUAACUGGACAGGUUAAUGGGCGGUCUCUGAACUCAGAGAGAUAACUGGACAGGUUAACGGAUAGUCUCUCUGAACUCAGAGAGAUAACUGGACAGAUUAAUGGAUGGUCUCUGAACUCAGAGAGAUAACUGGACAGAUUAAUGGAUGGUCUCUGAACUCAGAGAGAUACCUGGACAGAUUAAUGGAUGGUCUCUGAACUCAGAGAGAUAACUGGACAGAUUAAUGGAUAGUCUCUGAACUCAGAGAUAUAACUGGACAGAUUAAUGGAUGGUCUCUGAACUCAGAGAGAUAACUGGACAGAUUAAUGGAUGGUCUCUGAACUCAGAGAGAUAACUGGACAGAUUAAUGGAUAGUCUCUGAACUCAGAGAUAUAACUGGACAGAUUAAUGGAUGGUCUCUGAACUCAGAGAGAUAACUGGACAGAUUAAUGGACGGUCUCUGAACUCAGAGAGAUAACUGGUUAAUGGAUGGUCUCUGAACUCAGAGAGAUAACUGGACAGGUUAAUGGACGGUCUCUGAACUCAGAGAGAUAACUGGACAGAUUAAUGGAUGGUCUCUGAACUCAGAGAGAUAACUGGACAGAUUAAUGGACGGUCUCUGAACUCAGAGAGAUAACUGGUUAAUGGAUGGUCUCUGAACUCUGAGAGAUAACUGGACAGAUUAAUGGAUGAUCUCUGAACUCAGAGAGAUACCUGAACAGAUUAAUGGACGGUCUCUGAACUCAGAGAGAUAACUGGACAGAUUAAUGGAUGGUCUCUGAACUCAGAGAGAUAACUGGACAGAUUAAUGGACGGUCUCUGAACUCAGAGAGAUAACUGGACAGAUUAAUGGAUGGUCUCUGAACUCAGAGAGAUAACUGGACAGAUUAAUGGACGGUCUCUGAACUCUGAGAGAUAACUGUACAGAUUAAUGGACGGUCUCUGAACUCUGAGAGAUAACUGGACAGAUUAAUGGACGGUCUCUGAACUCUGAGAGGUAACUGGACAGAUUAAUGGACGGUCUCUGAACUCAGAGAGAUAACUGGACAGAUUAAUGGACGGUCUCUGAACUCAGAGAGAUAACUGGACAGAUUAAUGGAUGGUCUCUGAACUCUGAGAGAGAAGAUUGAAGGGAUGA